AUGGCUUCACACAGCAAUUCAACUUCAUCCCCUGUGUCAAAAGUGGUUACCCCACGAGAUGUAGAGGAAUAUGUAAAGGAAAACGCAUUAAUUGAUGACACUGAAAGUGUUACCUCAUUAAAAGCUUCUAAUAUAGACCUGAAAAAGAAAGCUAUCCCCGACUUUAACCAGCCUGCCAUCGAUGGGGCAGAGUUCCCAGAGGAGUAUGAAGUGGAGACAAGGACAGGUUUGGUGAAAGUUUCAACUUUACAUAAGUUAAAUAGACAGGAUACCAGAGUUACGCAGCAUUCGUCAAAGAAAGGCAUCGAGAAGGAACAUGAGCCGCAUGGCUAUAAUGCUGAGAAACUCCAGAAGCGUAUCGAACAGAAUCAAAAGGAAAUAGAUAACUACCACAAUAGGUCUGGAUUCAAAAAGUUGUUGGACAAGAUAUUUGGCUGA